AUGUGGCAAUUUUCAUUGUUGAGCAAGUCAUCCUUGCUUAUAUUUGUUCUGCUCUUCAACUCUAAACCAAUUCUAUCUGACCAUGAUUGCUACAGGCGUAUACAUGAUUGCUAUGGGAACGACGUAUGUUAUUCUAGCAGUUGGUCUUUAGAAAAAAUAAAUCUGAGUGACUAUGAACCAUGCAGAGCUCUUGUUCUGUGUUCCUACUACUGCUCAAAGGCAAGUUCCUGUAAGAGUUAUGAUUUUAGAACUGAUACUGGCGUCUGCAGGCUUCAUAACUCAGUGUCUGACAGUUUUUAUGCAAAUCCUUCAUGCUCCCUUUAUGUCAGAGCAGACACAGUCACCAAGUUUACAAUUUAUUCUUUUUAUCUGUUCAGUGUGUACGUGAACGGAGUCCUGAAAGCAACAUUCAUCCAAAGUUAUUUUAACUUCAGCCUGAAACUUGCUGAUAUGACAGUUGCUGUCGCCAGUUACAAAAACCCAUUUAACCAAAUUAACAAUUUCGGAUUUUUCCUGACAAGCUCUUCCAGCGGUCUUCCAAUGAAUGUUGACAACACCUGGAAGUGUACACAAACAUUUCAGGACAACUGGUUUAGCAACAGUUUUGACGAUUCUUCUUGGCCCAAUGCUGUUACUUUUCAAUAUUUUCCAAACUGUAUUUCAUGUUACGACUGUGAUUCUAAGCCUAUAUUGGCAGUUUACUGCCGAAAAAACUUAGAAGUAUCAGCCAUGGUAUCAACGGAGAAAAACACAUUCAAACUCGGUCACAAGACCAGAUACUCCAACCAUUAA